UCUAGACUUCCUCUGCUUUAAAAUGUUUUUUUUUUUUUGUUGUUGUUGCAGGUUUACUUUUUCUUAUUCUGCUUUAAUCAACUAAAACGGCAACAUCAUGAGUGUGGAGUCCAAACAAACCCAGAAGGCUUGUUGCUCAAAGCUGAAGCUGUUUUUGGUCUCUUUGGCAUUUGUGUAUUUUGCCAAAGCUUUCGGUGGAUCCUACAUGAAGAGCUCCAUCACCCAGAUAGAGCGGCGCUUCAACAUCCCCAGCUCUCUGAUCGGGUUUAUAGAUGGCAGCUUUGAAAUCGGAAACUUGUUGGUUAUUGCUUUUGUGAGCUACUUUGGUGCAAAGCUCCAUCGACCGAGACUAAUUGGUAUUGGUUGUUUAAUCAUGUCCACCGGGUCCUUCCUUAUAGCAAUGCCUCACUUCUUCCAGGGAACGUAUAAAUACGAGACCAGCAUGUCUCACAACACUCAGGUCAACAGCACUGAGAACAUCCUGCCCUGUUUGACCAAUCACACUGUAACAGACGCCAAUGAGACACCUGAUGUUGCCACCAUGAAAGCCUGUGAGAAGGCAGUCGGCUCGUCCAUGUGGAUCUAUGUUUUCUUGGGAAACAUGUUGCGUGGAAUUGGAGAGACUCCCAUUAUGCCUUUGGGGGUGUCCUACCUGGAUGACUUUUCCAGACACGAGAACACUCCUUUUUAUUUGGCCUUCAUCCAUACAGUGGGAAUGUUGGGACCUAUGGUCGGGUACAUGAUGGGGUCUUAUAUCAGCAAGAUCUACGUCGACAUUGGAUUUGUCGAUUUAGACAGCAUCAGCAUUACCUAUAAGGACUCUCGCUGGGUGGGAGCCUGGUGGCUGGGAUUCAUAUUGAGCGGCACAGUGAUCCUGCUGUCGAGUAUCCCCUUCUUCUUUCUUCCCAAGUCUCUGCCCAAACAGGGGCAAGAGAAUAGCAAGAACAAAAACACAGAGCUGACCGCUGUGGCAGAACAGGAGAAUUUCCUGCCAGACGAAACCCAUGGAGGUGACAAGGAGAAGCCAGUCACAUUCAGAGAAAUGGUUCAAGAUUUUCUUCCAUCCCUGAAAAGACUAUUCAGAAACAACAUAUACACCAUGAUUAUCCUCCUCAAUCUGGUCGCCGUCAACGGCUUCGUCGGCUUGAUCACCUUCAAGCCAAAACACAUGGAGCAGGUCUACGGCCAGGCAGCGUCCAAGGCUAUUUUUCUCAUCGGUAUUUUGAACCUGCCAGCAGUAGCUUUGGGGAUCAUCGCCGGUGGGUUUGUGAUGAAACGGCUCAAGCUUGGUGUCGUUGGAGCAGCCAGGUUGUGCAUGGUUUCAGCGAUGGGGGCCUUAUUGUGCAUGUCCAUCCAGAUUUUCCUUCACUGCGACAAUGCUGAGGUGGCUGGGCUCACUGUCUCAUAUAAAGGGUAUCCAGAUGUGUCCUACAACCAGCAGACGUUAAUAUCCCAGUGCAACGCGGGCUGCUCCUGCUCCCUGAAACACUGGGAUCCGGUGUGUGCCCACAAUGGCAUGACGUACGCCUCGCCCUGCCUGGCGGGCUGUCAGUCCUCCACUGGAACCGGCAGAGCUAUGGUGUUUCACAACUGCACCUGCAUUGAUGAUGCGAUGAACAAAGCCGUGAACAUGUCAGCUGUGCUGGGCCAGUGUCCCAGGAAGAGCGAAUGUGAUAGACAGUUCAAAUUCUACAUGGGGACAUCUGUGGUGGGAGCAUUUCUGUCUGCCUGUGGGGCCACACCGGGAUACAUGGUGCUGCUUCGGUCCAUACAACCAGAUUUGAAGUCCUUGGCCUUGGGAAUGCAAACACUGAUAGUAAGGUGUCUAGGUGGAAUCCCUCCUCCGAUAUAUUUUGGAGCACUAAUCGACCGGACGUGUUUGAAGUGGGGCACCAAGCAAUGUGGAGGACGUGGGGCGUGUCGGCUCUACGACGCCAACGCUUUUAGAUAUAUUUUUGUGGGAUUGAUAAGCGGAAUAGGCUGCAUUAGCAACAUGAUGUGGGGCAUCCUCUACGUCAAAAUUGUCAAGAAGGAGAAGAAGUUAGCUCUGAGGAGUCAGGCCAAAGAAAACGAGCUGGAGGCUAACGGCGAGAGCAACGGACACGCUAACAUCAGCAUUGCCAAAAACAAAGACGACACGACCAGGGAGAGCACGAUUUAACACCUUAUCGUAAAAAAAGAUGAAAGCUUUUCUACUCUGCUCCAUCCAAACUGGACCAAAUGUGGUAAUGGUACAGUGUCAGCACUGUUUGGUCUUUGAGUGGUUUACCUCUUCCCUUUUUUUUUAAUGGUCGGAAAAUAAAUAUUUGUUGUCUUUAGAGGUCAAAGAUCCUGAUUAUGGCAACAGCACUUGUCACUAUUGGAAAGUCAGUUUAGUCAAAUAAAUUUAAGUUAUUGAAUCCCUGUGUGAUGUGAGAGUAAUAUAAAGAUUUAUAAAAUAAAGUUCUUUAACAUUUAAACUUGAUUAAAAUGAGGUCAAAUAAUAGCAGUAAUGUUAAAUUUAUAAUUGCAACAUCUGAAACAUACGUAGGUCUUUGAACAGUUUUUAAAAAAUUUUAAAGAAUUUUCGGAGACUUUUACCCAGUACACCAAAACCUAAGUAACGGUUGCCUAAAAUGGUAUAUUUAGUACAAUUAAAUGUAUAGUCCAGUCAACUUUGAAGUGAUGUUCUGCCUAAUGAUCAGCCAUGAUGAUACGUUUGUCAUACAGCAUGAAGUUUGGACAAGGCUUUAAUCAGGUUAACCAAAAGGUCUGUUUUUUUACCCAGGUUGAUAAAAUUAAAUGUAUACUGAUGGUGAUCAGUCUGCCAGGAGUUUAGUAAACCUUUGGGCUAACUUGAAGAGCUGAUAAGGCAGCGUACUCGACAUACAUUUGCGUCUUUUUUGGUUACAAAACUGUGGCGGUUCAAACGUUAGCCUAGCCUGGGCUAAUACUUUUUACCUCUUUCUCCAAGCUCCAUCUGCACGAUUGACGUCACGAACAUGCCAACAACAAUCGAUCACUUUUGGACAGAGCGUCACUUCAAAUUUGACCGGAUUAACCCUUUAAGUACGGAGCUAGUGCCUUGUUUUCUGCUAGGACCUCGCGAGUUUGCAGUCAUAGCUAAAUAAAAUACUUUUUGUAGAUACUAGUGGUGUAUAAACAACAUAUAUAAGUAUUUUUGGUAAUAUUGUAAAGAGUUUUUGAAAAGCUUUGUACAGUGACCUUUAUAUUCAUUGUAAAUGUAAUGGUGCUUAGCUUAGCUUAGCUUAGCUUAGCUUAGCUUAGCUUAGCUAACACAAAAAUGGUGGAAAAAAGAAAUGCCGACCCUUUGGUUUUACCAAUACCUAAUCCUUUAGAGGCCACAACUUUAGUAUAACUAAACAGAAAACUAUUUUAUGAAGAAGUAAAAUGUGUUUUUAUUAUAUUAUUAUUAUUAUUAUUUUAGCUAGGUCAUCAGGUUAGCUAAAGCUAAACACUUACUACGGUUGUAUUUUUGACUGGAUUUGUUUUUAGGUUCUCAAAUAUACAGAAAGGCAUCUUUAGUGUUUUAGAGGGAGGGGAAAUUAUUUGUUUUGUGAAUAUUACGCUUGGAUUUCUUCACAUUAACUGUGUUCAAACUUUUAGUACUUUGCAUUUACGUGACAUUAUCAGUCCUGCUUCUAUUUUUAUUACCUCAAACUCUGACACACAUUUUUUAUGAGCUUAGGAAACCGGGUCAAACGGUGACAUUGUUUUAUUUGUGUCUUCGUUACAUCACAUUUUAUGUAAACCCAAACGGGUCACAGGUAAUACCCAUAAUCCUCUUGGUCAUAAUUGUGUGCCAAAGUUCGUUGGCAACAUACUCAAGUUUACUAAAAUUUAUUUUAUUGUCAAAUAUCAAACUAAUAUAUUAUAAUGUUAAUAAACUGAACGUAAACAAUUUUCUUGAUUGUACAUUAAAGCCAUAUUUUUCAUUA